AUGGCGUAUCACAAUACUCCGUCGUCGGACUCGGAUCUGGCGAUCAUCAACCACAACCGCCAAAUGUUACGAGGGCCAAAUUUACUACACGAGUUGAUCGCAAAACCAACCGAUGGGCAGAACAAGCUGCUACUUGACUUUGUCAAUGCAGGCGGACAACACGUCAAGCUGGAUUACGAACAAUUCCACCUUUUCACCGAUAGCUUGGCCAGGGAUAUCCGGAGUCAUUUACUAGCGUGCAAAGCUGGCGAUGCUAUCAUUCCAGCAGUCAUCCCACAAUGCCCGGAGCUUUAUAUCGCAUGGGUAUCAGUGCUAAAGGCGGGUGCGGCUUACUGUCCAGUCAGUCUCGAUGUGCCCACCGAGAGGUUGAAUUUCAUUGUCAAAGACGUCAAUGCACCUUGCAUACUGACUCUUUCAACGAAUCGAGCAAAAGUUCAGAAGACCCUAGGUGCAAGAAGGUGCCUAUCAGUGUCUUUGGAAAAUCUAGUGGGAAGCUCGAACAGCCCUAGGGACGCAACGACCCAAUCUCCUGCACUCCCGAUGGUUGCCCCUGACCACCCAGCAUAUGUCAUGUAUACUUCUGGUUCAACGGGAUUGCCAAAGGGUGUAAAGGUCUCACAUCUCUCAGUCACGCAAUCGUUACUUGCACACGAUGAACACAUACCCCGUUUCAAACGAUUUUUCCAAUUCGCUUCGCCCACCUUUGAUGUGUCGGUAUUCGAAAUAUUCUUCCCCUUCUUCCGAGGCGCCACCCUGGUCAGCUGUGAACGAGAAAGAAUGCUCUCAGACCUUCCUGGGACAUUAAGAUUACUCCAAGCCGAUGCCGCAGAGCUAACGCCCACGGUAGCUGGUACACUGUUGCGGACCAGACAGGCAGCCCCAGACCUUAAAGUUCUGUUGACUAUUGGAGAGAUGCUGACCACACAGGUCAUUUCUGAAUUUGGCGGGAGUACAGAGAAGCCAAGCAUGCUCUACGCAAUGUAUGGACCGACUGAGGCUGCAAUUCAUUGCACUCUAGCUGUCAGACUAGAUGCUACCGCCUCCGUCCGAAGUAUUGGCAAGCCACUUUCAACCGUGACAGCUUUCGUACUGAAGGAAGCCGACAGUCUCGAGAUAGCCCACGUCGGAGAGCCUGGCGAACUUGCUAUCUCAGGUCAGUUGGCCGAUGGAUAUCUUAACCGCGCUGAUCAGAACUCGGCGUCAUUUGUCGAACUUCCUGGGUAUGGAUCCAUUUACAAAACUGGUGACCGAGCAGUCUGCAAAUCCGAUGGCGAGUUGGAAAUCCUUGGUCGUCUAUCCGCUGGUCAAGUCAAAAUAAGAGGUCAACGAGUUGAACUUGGAGAAAUUGAGGAAAUCGCCUCUAAAGCACAAGGUGUCGACAUCGCUGUAGCAAGCGUGAUCGAUGAUGUCCUUGUGUUAUUUUGCGCAGGUGCCAAGACUAUCGACGUUUCUGACGUUUCCACCGUUUGCAAGUCCUGGCUCCCUUCUUAUAUGAGACCUAGCGAGGUUAUAGUCCUUCAGAACGGUAUCCCUCGCCUGCCAUCAGGAAAAGUCGACCGGAAGACGCUCGAAGGUAACUUCCAGAAGUCACGUUUGUUUACGGAGGAAGACGAUAGCCUCGACAAUGAAAUCGAGCGGGAUAUCUUGGAGGUGCUCCGAAAUGAGCUCAAGUCUCCUUUACGUCGAACAUCUUCUCUGUGGUCAUCGGGACUUGACUCUCUACGAUCCAUAAAGGUCGCCUCGCAAUUGCGAAGAAAAUACCCUAAUAUUUCCGUCGCACUGAUUGCAGAAGCAGACAAUGUUAUGGAUCUUGCAACAGUCUUACAAUCUGAACAAUCCUCGAUCGAACAAAGCGAAGUUCCAGUUGAGGCCACGACCCAGUGGAAGAACAUUGAAGCUACGCUGUACAAGAAUCCCGACUUUCAACAUUUUCUUGACUCGUGGGACUCCAUUUUACCAUGUAGUUCAAUGCAGAUCGCAAUGUUGGUGGAAACAUCUAAUCGAGAUCACCUGAAUUUCAACGAGAUUUCUCUGAGCACCGCGCCUGGAAUAGAUCACAACGAUUUUUUGCAAGCCUUCCGAUCGAUAGCGGACCAGAAUGAGAUACUGCGAUCUGGAUUUGUCUCAACUGGUGACCAAGCAAUGCCAUUUGCACGGGUCAUCUGGCACAACUUCCAACAAGAGGAGCUGAAUUUACUUCACCCACUGCAACUUUCCACAGUUUCGCCAAAUCGGAACACAGUUACCAUCCGUAUACACCAUGCAUUAUAUGACGGCUGGUCAUGGGAUUUGAUCUUGGACGAUCUAAACUCAUUUCUAUCGGAGCGACCAUUGCCUGCUCGAAAACAAUUCUCGGAUUUUUACGAAAGUGAGCUUCGACAACUAGCGAUGCAAAAAGAUGAGAGUCUCAGAUACUGGCACGAGACUCUGAGAGGAUACGCACAUACCCCGUUUCCUAAUCUCUCCUCUACCAAAUUUGACCAAAGUGAAAAAAAGAAGACCUCGAUUAUAUCUAAGCUCUCCAUCGAAAUGCAGAGCCUUUCUGACAGCUCCAGUUCUAUACGCUGCAGUCGUCAGAGCUUUCUGGAAUGUGCUUGGGUCUUGCUGUUGUCUUCUUAUGCUGACACCACCGAUGUUGCUAUCGGAGUCGUUUCUGCUGGUCGUCAUUUGCCAAUGCUUGGAAUUGAAACCAUCAUUGGACCCUGUCUGGCCACACUUCCAUUACGUCUAGACCUUGGGACUCUAAGAACCGUACAUGACGUGAUCAACCACGUUCAACGACAGCAUUGGGAUCAUCUCAAAUACGGAAGCCUCGCCCUCAUAGAUAUCCACCGUUCUGCAGGACUUCACCCAGGCCAGCGACUUUUCGACACCCUUUGUGUUUGGCAGGAGGAUUAUGAUCAAGCUAAUAGAGAUCGUUCGAAGGUGUCUACGAAGAACUACCAGGACUAUUUGGACUACAGCAUCAUUCUCGAGUUUGAGCCGCGUGACGGUCAGCUCUUUAUGAAGAUGACCUUCGAUUCAGGCUUACUACCUGAAGCACACGCGACGUUACUGGCCAGCCAAAUGAAUGCUCUAGUGUCCCUAAUGAUCAAUAACCUCGAUAAACCUUUUAGCACUCUGUGGAAAGAUUGUGACUCGAGCAUCAUGUCUCUAUCCAACACGAAUUAUGAGACAUUCAAUGAAGACUUUGAUCUUGUGUCCGCAAUCUCGGAGCUUGCACACUCAAAUCCAGAAAGAGUAGCUGUGGAAUAUGUAGAUUUCUACAGCCCUGACGACUCACGAAUCGCGAAACAGUACCUGACGUACGGCAGCCUUUAUACACAAGCUUGUAAAAUUGCUUCGACUCUUACAGGCAAAUUCGGGGUUCAGCAAGACGAGCUAGUUUGCAUCCUUGCCUCAAAAUCAAUUGAGCUUUAUGUGGGGAUUCUGGGUGUUAUUUUAGCUGGGAGUGCUUAUCUCUGUGUGGAUUUUCGGACGCCAGCAGAAAGAACAAGACAAAUAUUGCGACAAUCAAAAUCAAAGAUCAUUUUGUCUGAUAGUCGUGACUAUUCGAACUUCCAGCCCCACGAUGAGCAAACCGUUGUCCGGAUAAGCGAUGCCAUUUACUGGGGAUCAGAGUUUGAGAAGGGGGAUAAACCCCCACCUGCAGAUGGUCUUGCAUAUGCAGUAUUCACGUCCGGAAGUACUGGAACACCCAAAGGAGUUCUAAUAACUCGUCGCAAUUUGUUGAGCAAUAUACGAGAUCUUUCGCGGAUAUAUCCAUCUGAUCCUAGCCAAGACAAGCUCCUGCAAGCAUGCUCGCCAGCAUUCGACGUGUCUGUGUUUGAGAUCUUCUGGACAUGGUGCAGAGGCAUGACUUUGUGCGCUGCAUCGAACGAUGUUCUGUUCAGAGAUAUCGAAUCCCUUAUCCGCGAGCUGAAGAUAACACACCUGAGUCUCACUCCUUCUGUCGCUGCUCUGGUCAGUCCUCAGAAUGUCCCGUGCGUGAAGAUGCUGGUCACUGCUGGUGAACCUAUGAACUCCAAAGUGUUUUCAGAGUGGAGUGGUAAUGGACUCUAUCAAGGCUACGGGCCCAGUGAAACGACCAACGUAUGCAACGUCCGACCAGCAGUCUCUCAACAGGACAUGCAGAGUAACGUCGGGCCUGCCUUACCAAACACAUCGCUUUUUGUUUGCGAGAGACAAGAUGUUGCAUCGAAAGCCAAUGAACAUGCAAGUUCAUUGUCUUUGACAGAUUUUCAACUACUUCCAAGGGGCGCCAUUGGAGAGAUCUGGGUUGGUGGCGAGCAAGUCGGUCGAGGCUAUAUUGACCCUGAGUUGACGGCCAAGAGCUUCUUCCAACAUCCGGUCUAUGGCCGCCUCUACCGUUCUGGUGACAUCGGACGCCUCUUGGUCGAUGAAACUCUGGUCAUCACCGGUCGAGAGGAUGAUCAGGUCAAACUUCGAGGUCAACGUCUGGAACUAGGUGAGAUCAAUUCUUCACUACUGAGGUGCGAAGGUGUGAACGAUGCGGUCUCAAUGAUAAUCAGAGAGAAGAAUGAAACUGAUCGGUUGAUAUCCUUCUGGUCUUCGAAUACGCAUCGCUCUUUGAACAAAGAAGAUGAAGUUGUGAAAACUAAAGCACUUUUUGACCAGUUGAUCGGCAUUCUUCCCACUUAUAUGAUUCCGGAUACGUUACUGUAUGUUGAGCAGAUCCCAUUGACCAGGCAGGGCAAAACAGAUCGCCGGGCGGUGGUAGAAAUGUACCACGCACUUAGCCGGGAGCAACUACAACACUUUUCAAGACAGAGUAAAACAUCAGAAAAUACUGAACUGCUUUCAGACUUCGAAAGAGAAGUGGCGGAAGUCAUCUCCGCAACACUUCAGGUUCCUCUCGACAAUGUGAAACGUGACAGUUCAUUUUUUGCCCUUGGUCUCGACUCUAUCAGCGCCAUCCGCCUGACGCAAAAUCUCAAAAAGGUCACGCAUCAACAGAUGGAUGUUUCUACAAUCUUGCGAAAUCCCUCCAUCAUCCAGCUGCUAUCUGCUUCCGGCGACCGCAGCUCAUUGCAGUCGGGUAUGCAUGACAUGGAAUCAUUUGACAGGUUUCUUCCCGCACAGUGGAAAGCAAAUAUCACUGCGCAGUAUGCCCAAUGUGGGCUUGAAGUCGAGUCUUUCCGGCCUUGUACCCCAUUACAAGAAUCCAUGGCGAUGACAUCUGCAGGUUCCGAAACAGGAGCGUAUCGAAAUGUCAUCAUUUUCGGGGUACACGGGGAUUUGGAGAAAUUGAGAACGGCCUGGAGUUUGGCCAUAGUUAGACAUCAAUUGCUCAGGACUGGGCUUGUGGCAUCCGAGUUGGCCGAGCGACCAUACUUGCAAGUGGUACUCAAACAGUUCGAGCUGCCUUGGCAAGUCAAACUCGAUCAGUCAUCUACUAUUAGCAAUCUCGACGAACUCAUGCUUCCACCUUGGCAUAUCAAGGUUAUACAGGACCGUGAAGGAACAAAGUUAGUCUUGGAGAUUCAUCACGUUCUUUAUGAUGCAGAAGCAAUGUCAAUUCUGCUGACUGAGAUCCAGUCAGGGUACUACGCGGAGAGACUUCCACCCCCUAUUAAAUUCGACCGCUAUCUCUCUUUCAUGAAAAGUCAGCAUCCGACGGAGCAAGACAGGUUCUGGCAAACUCAAUUGCAGCAAUUUUCCCCUUGUAGGAUGGGCGAUAUUCUGCGCCCACAAGAUAAAAAAAUAAGGCGAGGUAUCUCAGCAGUGCAACACACAGCCACAAUGAGCCUGGAAAAUUUCAAAGAUGGUACUCGCAAGCUCUCAACCACGAGUCUAUGCGUGCUACAGACCGCAUGGAGUCGAUUACUCUUCUGCGUCUUUCAAAGGCGAGAUGUUUGCUUCGGGACCGUACUCAGUGGUCGAAACCUACCAAUUGAGGGUGUGGAAAAUAUCGUGGGACCCUGCUUCAACACGACUCCAACAAGGGUGAAAAUAAAGCACAAUCAAUCUUCUUCUAGCCUGUGUCACGAUCUACAACAGAUUAACACCGAUGUUCUAUCUUUCCAACCCAGCCCACUUCGCAGGAUUCAGCAGCAAAAUUCGGAAGAUGGAGGACCUUUAUUUGAUACACUUCUACUACUUCAGCAUAAUGAAAUCGAACUCGAUGAGAAUAUCUGGAGGCUUGAAAGUGAAACCGGAGACAUGGAAUUUCCAUUCAUUCUCGAAAUAAUCUUGGAUGCCAAAUAUGAUUGCGUGAGAUUGAAACUCCAUUCUCUCAGUGCAAAAGACCAGCUACUGAAUGAUAUCUUGCGCUGCUAUGAUAACCUUCUUCGAGAUAUCAUAUCAUUUCCUCAGGCAAGGGCACUAGAUUAUUCCACGAUCGAGGCAUCUAUACCAAAAUUCCUCUUGCCUGCGCAGAGAGACAAUACUGCAGUGGCCAGGGCCAAGCGGCAUGUUGAGGCGCAAUCCUCUCACCUUGGAUUCUCUGAGACCGAGCAGCGCAUCAUGCAAGUCAUAAGGCAGCUGAAGCCAGGACUUCCUUCGGCCAUCUCCAAAGACACAACAAUUUACCGCCUUGGACUAGAUAGCAUUAAUGCUAUCCAGCUUGCAGCAACGCUCCGCAAGCUCAGUUAUACAAUCUCUAGUGGAGACAUCCUAGAAGCGAUGACGAUCCAAAGAAUUGCCGCUUUCUGCUCGAAGAACCAUACAAACAACGUGAGUAGUUACACAAAAGUCAACAUCCAACACUUUGAUAUCAUCCAUCGCCACAAACUCUGCGAGGAGUACUCCAUUGAUGAAACGAAUGUUCAAGAUGUGAGACCCUGCACGCCAACACAAUCAGGCAUUUUAUCGCAAUUUCUUCGCACAAAUGGUGCGCUUUAUUUCAAUACUCUCAGACUUUGUCCCCACAAGUCUAUUGACAUCUCGAAGCUCAAAAGCAGCUGGUAUAUCGUCAUGUCCUCGCAUGAUAUGCUUCGAACAAGAUUUGUUGAAUUGGACGAUCCGAAGUAUCCGUUUGCGAUGGUCACCUAUCGCCAAGACUUCUUCGAGCUUCCUUGGUCACGUGCUCAGGGGUCCUCAGCCUUGAGGACGAGCCCCAACGCGAAGAGCCUCACAACAACCCCAUGGCAUCUUUCAUUGACGGAAGACGACUCUGGAGUUGUCUUGGAAGUCUCAAUGCUACACGCGUUGUACGAUGCAAGAUCGCUUGAUAUAAUCCUGCAUGACGUAGCUUGUGUUUAUCGAGGUAUGUCUAUUCCAGAACCUCCGUGCAUCAAUACCGCCAUCAUGAGGAUCCUCUCACUUGGCAGUGCAGAGAGAUCUCAGGAAUUUUGGUCUGGACUAGGUACUGAACUCUGUCCCACCAAAUUCCCUGACUUCAGGAUAUUCAACACUGCCAAAUCAACACUAAAAGCUGUUUCCAAACAAUUCGACGUGAAUCAGGCAGAAAUCAAGGCUAAAUGCGCACAGGCCGAUUCUAGUCUACAGUCAUUAUUUGUGGCUGCUUGGUCAAGGCUACUGGCUGCUUACACUGCACAAGACCAUGUGACAUUUGGUGUUGUCCUCUCUGGUCGCGAUUUUGGAUCAGAUCAGGAUAAUGAUGUUUGUUUUCCUUGCAUAAAUACCGUUCCGUUCGCGCUACAUGUAUCUGAGAAUCUAUCAGAGACCCUAAAACGAGCCACUGACCGGAGUGCUGAGAUCUUGAAGCACCAGUAUACGCCAUUAAGUACCAUCAAGCGCCUGGCUGGCGUUGAGGGUGAACUGUUUGACACUGUUGUGGCUUUGCAAGUGUACGAGGGACAUGAGGACAUCGAACGACCCUGGAGCAAGAUCAAUGACGAGGCUAGUGCUGAAUAUUGCCUUUCGCUGGAAAUCUUUCCUGAGCAUAACGACAAAUUUCUCUUCCAGCUCACAUGCCGAGAAGAUAUCGUACCCGUACCACAGGCGGCGGCUAUCCUCGACCAGUUCUCUUACGCGGUAAACGAAAUCAUUUCAGCCAUUGAUGGGGUGGAUACGACACCGAAUACAACAGUUUUUUCUGCCAUUCCUCCGAAAGAUGAGCGAAUCCCUACGCAGGUACAAUUCUUGCACGAAUUCGUCGAACUCACUACCCAAAAGCAUCCAGAUCGUCCUGCUUUGGAAUUUGUGACCGACCUGCAAGCUGAAGUGGAUUCAAGGGCGACAUGGUCAUAUGAUCAAUUAGAUCGAUGCGGAAAUCAGAUUGCUCAACUUUUGGUCCGCCAAGGUGUACGCGGAAAUGAGCUUGUCGCAAUUUGCUUUGAAAAAUGCCCUGAAGCCUCAUUUUCAAUCCUUGGUGUCUUGAAAGCAGGUUGUGGCUAUCUUGCUAUUGAUCCAAGUGCCCCUGAUGCUCGAAAAUCGUUCAUUCUCAAGGACUCAAACUGCAGCAUCGUGCUCACUACCCACGAUAAAGUGCGGGAAUUUUCUCAAACACCAGGAGUAUCUAUUAUUGCAGUUGAUAAAGCGGAUUGGCAAAGUCUAUCAGAUCAAAAGCCCAGGCUGAUCAAUGCUAUCAAUCCUCAAGACACUUGUUACUGCUUGUACACAUCAGGUACGACUGGUACACCUAAAGGAUGUCUCAUCAGUCACAGCAGUGCUGUUCAAGCGAUGCUAUCAUUCCAGCGUAUAUUCAAAGGAAGAUGGAACUCGAAAUCUCGAUGGCUCCAAUUUGCAUCUUUUCAUUUCGAUGUCAGUGUCCUGGAACAAUACUGGAGUUGGAGCGUGGGUAUCUGUGUCACCUCGGUCCCACGAGAUAUUCUAUUCGAGGACCUUCCCGGGACGAUCAGCCGCUUGAAAAUUACACAUCUUGAUCUUACACCGAGUUUGGCACGACUUCUAACCCCCGAGGAGGUUCCAAGUCUAUGUGACGGUGUUUUUAUCGUUGGCGGAGAACAAGUGAGGCAGGAAAUCUUAGAAACAUGGGGAGACUCCCAAUGCCUGUACAACUUCUAUGGUCCAAGUGAAGUGACGAUCGGCUGCACAGUCCACCAAAAUGUACCAAAGACGGCGAAGCCGACAAAUAUCGGCAGGCAGUGGGAUAAUGUUGGUUCUUUUGUGCUGAUUCCAAACACCCAAACACCAGUGAUAAGGGGCGGAGUUGGAGAACUAUGCCUUUCUGGCCCUCUUGUCGGCAAAGGAUACCUUAAUCGCCCGGAGCUCACGGCUGAAAAGUUCAUCACCUUAGAAGUGUAUAACACACGGAUCUAUCGAACCGGAGACUUAGUAAGAGUCCUCCAUGACGACAGCUUUGAAUUUCUUGGAAGAAUAGACGACCAAGUGAAACUCCGUGGUCAGCGACUCGAAAUUGGGGAGAUCAACCAUAUCAUUAUGAGUGCUUCUCCAAAGCUUAAAGAUGUUGCGACUAUGGUCCUCAAACAUCCGAUUCAGCAAAAAGACCAGCUAGUGACGUUUUUCUGCACAGAAGAGAAACAGAAUCGCAAACACAAGCCCACAUUGAUCGAUACUCAAGUGGUCGAGACCCUGAUCAAGGAAAUCAAGAGUGAGUGUGCCGAUCGCUUGCCUUCCUAUAUGGUUCCAACCUAUUAUUUUGCGGUCUCAGUUAUACCCCUCACAAUCAAUAAUAAGCUUGAUCAGAAGGGUCUGAAAACGCUCUUCGAGGAGCACUUGUCAGCGACAUCAAAUUCAGCGUCCAAUGAUGAGCUCCAGAAUUCGAAUAAGGAACUGUCAGACCUUCCCCAAGUGAUUGAAGUUGUGGCUUCAUUCUUACAAAUUUCAAACUCUACAGUCCAACCGUCUUCGAGGCUUUUUGAACUCGGGGUAGACUCCAUUUCGGCAAUUGGGCUGUCUCGAGCAUUCAAGAAACGCGGAUACGAACACGUAACUGUCGCAACUAUACUGCGCUACCCCAGUGUGAUUGGUUUGGCGCAAGCAUUUACUCGGGACAUCCAUGAGACUGACAUUACCCCCAAUAUCGCGGACGCCCAGAGAAGGAUUCAAUUGUUUGCCCAUGCUCAUUUGUCAAUAGUGACUGAGACGCUUGCGGUUUCUCCAGAUGAGAUUGCCGUCAUUGCUCCAUGUACUCCUCUGCAGGAAGGCAUGAUAUCGAAGGUUGUUGGCGCUAACAACGAUAAAGAUACCACAUAUUUCUCAGUAUUUCACUAUGAUUUGGGCGUCGAUGUUGACCUUGAAAGACUUGAGGCUAUCUGGAAUGCUACUGAGCAAGAAACCGCUAUUCUGAGAACUCGAUUUGUCUCCACGAUCGAUGGCUUUGCUCAAGUGGUUCUGCGAACAAAUGUCCACACUGGAGUGCAACUGAGGCGACUCCAAAAUGGGAAGACACAUCUUUCUGUACCUUGGACCGACUACUUCAUGGAUUGGAUCAAAUCAACGAGAUCUUUUGCAGCACAACUUCCAUGGAAAGUUGACUUGAUCACUUUUGGGAAGAGGAAAUAUAUGUCCUUGCAGAUUUUCCAUGGGCUUUACGAUGGGAUCAGUCUCAACUUGUUGCUAGACAAGGUUCACAAUUCCUACUUCUCGACGAAGCCGAAACUAGACGGAGAAACAAAAUUCUUCGAUGCUCUUCCCUAUGGCCCACUCAGUUCACAGCCGAAUGAAAAGGGAUUCUGGACAUCGAAGCUGCCCUCAAUAAUGCGACUCAACCUCUCUCUGAAAGAUAGCACGCUAAAUUCUAGGGGGAAAGUUGUAUUCUUGCAGGAGAGAGUUGUUCAGACAGAACUGUCUGGUUUCUGCAACAGGCUGGACGUGACAGUUUCUGCAUUCUUCCAAGCUGCUUGGUUGUACGUCUUGCAUCAGGUCUAUGGUGUCAAUCCCACGAUUGGUGUUGUCGUCUCAGGUCGAGCCUUGGCUUUAGAAGGCGCAGAUGGCAUUAUCGGCCCAAUGUUCAACACUAUCCCUUUCGCAGUAUGCAACCUCCCAAAGAAAGAGUCCAAAUUUUCCGAUCUCGUUCAGGCAUGUCAUCAAUUCAAUAUCGAGUUACUACCUUUCCAUCACACUCCUUUGAGACAGAUCGCACGCCACAUUGGUCAAGAUGUACGUCAAGGGCUUUUCGAAGUACUCUUCGUGUUUCAGAAGGCUCAUCCUAAGAACAACAAAGCCAGUCUGUGGCAAGAAAUUCCAACUCAGCAAAGUUUGCCAGAAUAUCCACUGAACCUGGAAGUUGAACAGAAAGGUGACGAAUUUAAUGCUACUCUUUUGACAAAGCCAGAAUAUGUCGAUCAAAAUCAUGCUGAAGAGCUACUAGGGCUAUAUCUUGACCUUGUGCGAGGUGUUGACAAGAUUUCCGAUCUUGCCAUGGACAGCUUCUGCGAAGGUACAUUUCCGUCGAAUGGGCUCACGACUCCCAGCAGCCUCUCAUCCAGCACCAGUAUAGCUACACUGGUUGAUGACUCACCAUGGAGUGACAUGGAACUCAUAAUAAGGACGGAGGUAGCUCAGCUGGCCUCGGUACCAGAAGACAGCCUUGGUAAGGACAGUCCAACCAUCUUUGAGAUCGGUCUGGAUAGCAUAGAGGCAAUGAAGUUGUCUGCCCGACUUCGGAUCCGUUCCGCAAGGAUCGCUACUAGUGCCAUCAUGAAAUCGCCCACUAUUGCAGGAAUUGCAAGCCAUAUCGGUGCAUUAGCAAUGAACUCUCAACAAGAUGAGCAUCAUGAUGCCACACUGCCAAAUGACACGAGAAUGCAGCAACAUUAUCGCGACAAGCUACAAAAACAAGGCAUCGAUCUGGAACACGUUCAAUCCAUUCUACCAGUGACGCCGAUGCAGGAGGGUCUCCUAUUGGAGCCGGGCAAAUACUUCAAUGUAUUGGUCUACAAAUUACGGAGAGAUGUUGAUCUUCAGCGGCUCAAAGUAGCUUGGGAAAGUACUCUUCAAAGCGAAGCUAUCCUGCGGACCCGUUUUGCAAUCAUCGAUGCGGAAGAAGGUGAUGAUUCGAUCGUCCAAUAUGUUACUACAAGCGCCGUCGAGCUGGACGUUCUAUACAAUGAGAGCAUUACCAACAUCGUUAACAAUAUGAAGGCUAUGGUGACGAGCUCAGCUAUUGAGAGGCACAAGUUUCAUAGCCUUAUUGUGGAUAAUGGAGGUACUGGAGUUUUCUUAGUUCUCGGGUCACCGCAUGCUCUGUACGAUGCUUGGUCUCUGCAUCUUCUCCAUCGAAAGGUCGGUACAACCUAUUGCUCUGCGGGGAAUUUCCUUCCACAACCGAAGACAAUGUCUUAUGACAAGCACAUCCAAGAGGUCAUCCGACAUAACCGAGUUAGUGAAGCAAAACAAUUCUGGCAAGAAGGCUUGCGCGCUGUCCAGCCUAGCAAUGUUGCAGACCACAUUACCGUUGACGAAUCAUCAAUCGGCCGGAUUAGAGCGCAAGCGUCAUCUGAGGUCCAACUGGUAGAUGCACUCAGAUUCUGCAGGACACAAGGUGUCACGUUGCAAUCCCUUGGUUUGACUGUCUGGACUAUUGCACUGGCACAUAUCAUUCAACGACUCGAUGUGUGUUUUGGCCUCGUGCUCUCUGGCCGCACGACCGAGAACUCGGAAGAACUGAUAUUCCCAACCUUCAAUACAGUUAUUUUCGCCCCGAGCAUGCACGAAAAUGGAAGUAAUGCCACAACCCUCAAGCAGGUGCAUAAUACUAUGGUCAGGGUCUCUGAAUAUCAGCAUUUUCCACUCCGGAAUGCACUUCGGAUUGCACGAGCUCAACAACAGGGCACCCUAUUUGACACCUUGUUCACGUUUCAGAAGCUUCCCACCACCGAUGCAGAAUCCCCUGUGCUCUAUGAUGAGUAUAAUGAGGAAGACAACGAUAUCAAUCCACCAUAUCCUGUCAAUAUCGAGUUUGAGGGCCAUGAAAGUGGAUUAAGGUGGACUAUCGCCGUUCAAGAAGGACUUCUGGAUCAAAAGUAUGUGGAUGGACUAAUGGCUAUGCUGAAUGCGGUUCUAUCAUCGAUCAUCAACUGUCCAAAUGAACAAAUAGUUCGUCGUAAGGCGGACACUGUUUCGAUCUGCGGAUUGCCUUUUAUACAGAUGGAAUUGAGAACUACUGGCAAGCUCAACCCGAGCCAAAAUGGAUCCCGAGGGAAUACUAAGGUUCCAUCUGAUACUUGGUCACCAGUGGAAGUUCAAAUAAGAGAUGUUCUCGCAAAGGUCUCCAAGACCGACAAGCGACAAAUCUCAAAAUUGGUCGGAUUCUAUCACCUCGGUCUUGACAGUGUCAGUGCAAUCAAGGUGGCCAGUCUCUUGAGACAAGAAGGAAUCAGGUUGCCCGUGAGUGAGAUCGUCAAGGCCCAAACAAUCGAAAAGAUGGCAUUGGUGGCCGGGAAGCUCGACCAGCCAGUGCUUAGGGCGAAGCAAUCCCCGCCUCCCUUGGGAGACGAUUCCAUGACACUUUCAUUCCUCCAGGGCCUUGGGAUGAACCCUGCCGACUUCGAAGAGGUGUUUCCCACUACCGCCGGCCAAACUUACAUGCUAGAUAUGUGGUCAGCGAGCCAUGGGCACUUAUUUUAUCCGACAUUUUGGCUUGAUGUAUGUGGGAUGACAACUGAGAAGAUUCAUCAAGCAAUUGAUCGGCUUGUGCAAUCGACACCAAUGUUGAGGACGAAGUUUGUCAGAACUCACCAGGGAGAAAUCUUGUCCUUGGUCGUGAAAAAUGAAACGAUCGGCAACCAUGAGUUUCCUUGGUCCGUACAAAUCGAACAACGCGAGCAGAGUCACUUGGUUACCUGGAAGCUCCACCAUUCUUUGUAUGAUGCUGUCAGUCUGCGAUUGAUGCUGUCGGAACUCGGAAAGUUGUGUCAGAACAGUGAUCAUGUUGUACGAGUCAAUGGGAACCUGAAAGAUUUUGUUUUAAAGACCAAGUCGAAUGGUGACGCAAGAAAAGAGUUUUGGAUCAACUAUCUUACCGAGGCUCGUGAAAUAACCCCUAGCCCUGCAAAGGGUUCGUUCGAGGCCACGAGGGUCGAGAUAUUUGACCCGAAGGUGAUGCAUAUAUCUCACCUACAAGCGGCACUGCGACGUCAUGGUAUCACCAUACAGGCACUUUUUUUCGCGGUGUAUGCUCAAGUCUACGCCUCUAGAUUGGAGAAUCAAAUUAAAGAUGUCAUCAUGGGAAUCUACCUCGCGAAUCGAUCCCUCGACAUCGAUAAUCUGACGGAGCUCUCAGCACCAACAUUCAACCUCGUUCCUCUCAGGAUCAGAUUAAAUAGCUCAUCUAUCAUCCAAAUCGCGCGUGAAGUGCAAAAGGAUCUUGGCGAGAUCAGCAGACUGGAGCACUGUGGUGUCAGUAUGCGAGAAAUACACGCUUGGACAGGUAACAAGGUCGACACUUAUGUGAACUUCCUUGCCUUGCCAGAGAAUGAUGCUGGCGAUCGUGAAGAAGACAAUGGAGAAGGCAAGGCAGGCGGUGUGACUAGCGAUGACGCUGUGAGCGUGACCCACAUCCAAGUGGAUCGCGAAAUGAAAGAUGCGGCCGCUAAAAUGAAAGAGAGUUCUCCUCUGUUCAAUGAGGACGUCGAAAAGGGUUUGGCAAGUUAUGAUUGGUGCAUGGUAAGUGAAACAUCUUCAAUAAACUCUUAUGAUGUGCUACGAUCUGAUACUAACAAAUUUCGGCUACAGCCUUCCAUCGAUGUCGAGGCGAAAGUGAGCAAUGGAUAUCUCGGAAUCGGUGUCUUUUCGCCCCAAGGCAUGCUCACGGAGGAUGAUGUGAAAGAGGUGAUAAAGUACAUUAAGGAUGUUGUGAUGUCGGUGUCGUAG